AUGAGCCCCUUUGACUGGCUCGCAGCCCAAGACGAGGGGGUCGUGAUCGCUGUGAUCAUGGCCGUCGUGAUCGCGCUGGUCCUUGUUCUCCCGUUCGUCGUGACGGGAACAUGCCAUUACGUCGACCGGGGAGCCAGGGUGGCGUUGAAAAGCUGCCGCUCGCUGUGGAGGAGUUAUCGUGCUGUGGCCGACCUGGACGUGGUGGCCAUGAAGACAGUGGAUGACCGGCCCCGACGAGCUGCACCAGCUGUGGCAUCGAUUUCGACGCAGGGACAACUCCCGGUAUACUACGUGACGGAACCACAAGGAGCGACGGAACCACCGCGGAUGUAUAGGCCGGUAGAGACACCAGGCAUCCAUCAGGCGUUCAUGCCGGUCGAGACACCAAUCAUGCAGCAUGCAUUCACAUCGAUAGAGACACCAAUCAUCCAGCCACUCCCACGAGUGUUUAUACCGGCAGAGAUGCGAGACCUUCUGGGGCCACCACCCACGGACGAUAAUAUGAGUCUCACAUCCACCGAAGAAGACAUUGAUCUAUCCAUGGAGGUGGAGGCUACUUCUUCCACAGACGAGGGAAUGAGUGCGGCAUCCACAGAUGAGGGCAUGCAUACAGUAUCCACAGACGAAGAUGUCGCACCGCCUAUGGAAGUGAAGUUUGCAUCACCUGUGGCGGACAAGUCUGGACCCUAUAUCAUGCUCCGUGAGGCUUCGCCCUCCAUACACGAGACGGUAGCCGACUCGACGGAAAAGACCUCCUCGGAUGAGGGUUCACCUCCUCACACCAACACGACACGGGCGACGACACCCGAAUCUGAAGUUGACAGACAUAACCGGAUCCAUGAGGACGCAAAAAGACGCUCGUGGGAGGCACCUCGUCCAAGGACGCCGCUGUGGAGGGUACCACUGAGAUUACACCGGGUUUCGGAGCAGAGCAGCAGCAGCUCGGAAACAGAUUGA